GCCGUUUGUGCCGCAGACUUCCCUUGUCUUCCGGUGCGACCCCACGCGCACUAAGUCAACACUUUAGGAGAGGGAGCCAAGGAGAAACAUGCGGAUAUGAUUCUUGUCACUUGAAAGGCAAUGAGCCUCUGGUUUCACCCUUUUUUUCGCCUACAGAAAUAACAGUGAUCGGACAUUAUUAUAAUGAUUUAGUUUUGAACAGGAUUUCGCUGUGACUCCAGCUGAACAGAACUGGAGCGGGAAGAAAAGCGACUAAAGACAGGUUUCCUUUUACUGGUGCAUUCGGGAUGAGCUUCACAUGAUGCUUCAGUCUGACAUAAACCUGGGCUUUCUGUCGGACUCUGAGCGGGAGCUGAUCCUGGAGGUGCUGAGGCGAGAUGAAGAGCUGCGACAGGCCGAGGAUCAGCGCAUACGGAAGCUGAAGACUGAGUUGCUGGAUAUUAAGAGGAGAGGGGCCAAACGAGGCAGUGGAAAAUACAGUCAGCGCGUUUGUGGUCGCUGCCUGCAGCCUCUGAGCAGACUCAUGGUCGUCUCUUGUCAGUGCAGGUUGUGCCAUCACUAUGUCUGCCACAGCUGCAGGACUCCUGUCGGCCCAAAGGACUCCUGGCUCUGCAGUGUGUGUGCCAUGGAAUCGGACCUAAAAAAGAGAACAGGUGAUUGGUUUUAUGAUCAGAGGGUCAACCGCUUCUUAGCAAGUCCUGCACCUGACCUUGUGAGAAGUUCCAUGAAAAAUAAGCCUGCGCCAAUAAAAAAGCGUGAGACGACAAGUGAAGCGCUGUUAAGAAGUACAGAGGUAAUUCUUGAAGCUCCAGGUCCUAUCCCUCGACCAAGGCUCAAACAGGAAGCCACUCACAAAAGUAAUGCUUCAAGUGAAAAUUCAGGAUCCAUUGCAUCAAGGGAAUCUUUGGAAUCAAGAGAGGAUGUUUGGCACAAAUCAGCCCACAAUGACUCUGAGUCUGUAGAAGUUGUGAGUUUGAGUAGCAGUAGAAAGGCAACAGAGUCAAACCAUGUCACACCAGAACUGACAAAGAAAGAGAGUCAACCUCCACAGCCCAUUUUGGCAGAAUCCAGUGUUUCUCAUCUGCAGCUGCCAGGGAGAAUAGACGUCACAGAUCACAGCUCGAAAACUGAAGCUGACUCUGAGAUCAGAGAGAGUACUGUAUCUCCUGAGAUGGAUGUCGAUCGACUUUUUAAGAAGAGUGUUAAGGGGACACAGAGGACUUCUGAGUACACAUCGACUCUGGACCUACGUAAUGAGCCAGAUUCUCCUCCAGCUUUAGUGGUGACCAGGAGCAAAUCUGUGCCAGGCCUGGAUGCAGCUGAGGAAGAGGAGGAGGAUGAAGAUAUUGACAGCCUCGUUAGUUUCCACAGAAGUAAUAUGGCUUCUAGCUCCUCCAGCCUGAACAGUUCUAAGAGCACACUGGGCAGCCUAAUGAGUAUCUACAGUGAGGCAGGGGACUACGACAGUGUGGAGGUGAGUGGAGACCUGGUUUUCUCCAUCAGAUACGACGAACACACCCAGAGCCUCCACGUCUUCAUCAAGGAAUGCCACGGCCUCGCUCACGGGGACUCAUCACGCAAGCAGUCUAACCCUUAUGUCAAAUGCUACCUUCUUCCUGAAAAAUCCCGCCAGAGCAAAAGGAAAACCAGCAUCAAGAGACACACAGUUAACCCAGUCUUCAAUGAAACUUUGAAGUACACUAUCAGCCGAGCUCAGUUGUGCAGUCGCUCUGUGCUCAUAUCAUUAUGGCAUCAUGGCCGUUUCAGCCGCAACGUUUUCCUGGGUGAAGCUGAGAUCGCUCUAGACUGCAGAGACUUGGACUUCCCAACAGAAGAAACUGUCAUCCUCAUGUCAAAGACCCCAUCUUCAGUGGCAGUUUUUGCUCAGUAUAAAGGGGAGCUGGUAAUUUCAUUAAAAUAUGUUACUCCUAAAACACAAACACCAAUGAAAAUAAAAGGUAAAAAAGAUAUGACUGAAGAAGGGGAGUUGCAUGUUCUCAUCAAAGAGGCAAAGAAUUUAGUAGCAGUCAAAAUGGGAGACACAGCGGAUAGCUUUGUAAAGGGGUACUUGUUGCCAACUAAAGGAAAGUCAACAAAGAGGAAAACUCCUGUUGUGAAGAAAAACCUGAAUCCUCAUUUUGCUCAUACGUUUGUGUACAAAGAGGUGGGCUUAGAACAACUAAAGGAGAUGUGCCUCGAGCUGACUCUGUGGGAUAGAGAAGCUAUGUCCAGCAACGAGUUUCUGGGAGGUGUGCGUCUCAGCUCAGGAAAAGGAACUGUAAAAAUAGGAAAAGAGGAGGUAGAAAUGGACUCUGUUGGUGAAGAGGUCAGUCUUUGGCAGAAGAUGAUGCAGUACCCAGACUCAUGGGCAGAGGGCACUCUUCCACUGCGCUCUACAAUGGGAAAGUCCAAGGAAAAAUUAGAUCUCCUGAACAAAUAG